AGCGUUGCUAGUCACUUUGCCAUGGCGGCGCUAGUGUCGCUGAUUAAGGAGGGGACUUCGCAGCAUCUUGUUUGAAUUCCCUUUGGUGACGGAUACCGCGUGUGUUUACUUCUCCAAGAUUUGAUUUUAACAACAUUUAUCUCCAAAGCGGCCAUGACCGUGGAGCAGAAUGUCCUCCAGCAGCAUUCUCAGAAGCACCAGCAAACGCUACUAAACCAGCUGAGAGAGGUGACGGGCACCACAGACAUUCAGCUGCUUCAGCAGGCCCUGCAGGUGAGCAAUGGAGAUUUGGCUGAAGCCGUAGCUUUUUUAACAGAGAAGAACGCUAAGGUUCCUCAGCAAGAUGAAACUACCUACUACCAGACAUCCCAGGUGGCCAGUGACAGAUAUAUCAGUGUUGGCAGCCAGGCAGACACAAAUGUUAUUGACCUGACAGGGGAUGAUAAAGAUGACCUGCAAAGGGCGAUCGCCCUCAGCCUGGAGGAGUCCAACCGGGCGUUCAGGGAGACGGGGAUCACUGAUGAGGAGCAGGCCAUCAGCAGAGUUUUGGAGGCCAGUAUAGCAGAGAACAAGGCGAGCCUAAAGCGUACUCACACAGAAGUAUGGAGCGAUUCACCGAACCCUCAUGACAGAAAAAGGAAAGACAACUGCCCAGUGGGUCUAAAAAAUGUUGGCAAUACCUGCUGGUUCAGUGCUGUCAUACAGUCACUGUUCAACUUGCUGGAGUUCCAGAGGCUAGUUCUUAACUACUCGCCACCCGCCAGAGUCCUGGAUCUGCCUCGUAACCAGAAGGAGCACAGAAAUCUGCCCUUCAUGCAAGAACUGAGGAACCUGUUCUCCCUCAUGGUGGGGUCCAAGAGGAAAUACGUGGAUCCGUCACGGGCUGUGGAGAUCCUCAAAGACGCCUUCAAAUCCAGUGAGUCACAGCAGCAGGAUGUGAGCGAGUUUACCCACAAGCUGUUGGACUGGCUGGAGGACGCCUUCCAGAUGAAGGCUGAAGAAGACAGUGUGGGAGAGAAGCCAAAGAAUCCAAUGGUGGAGCUUUUCUACGGCCGCUUCCUUGCUGUUGGUGUGUUAGAAGGUAAAAAAUUUGAAAACACAGAGAUGUUUGGUCAGUACCCCCUGCAGGUGAACGGCUUCAAGGACCUCCAUGAAUGUCUGGAAGCAGCGAUGGUGGAGGGGGAGAUCGAGUCACUUCACUCGGCUGAAAACUCAGCCAGAUCUGGUCAAGAGCACUGGUUCACAGAACUCCCUCCUGUGUUGACCUUUGAACUAUCAAGAUUUGAGUUCAAUCAAGCCCUGGGACGGCCCGAGAAGAUCCACAAUAAGCUAGAGUUUCCCUCCAUGCUGUACAUGGACAGAUACAUGGACAGAAACAGGGAAAUAACCAGAAUUAAGAGGGAGGAGAUCAGACGGCUGAAGGAGCAUCUGAUGCUGUUGCAGCAGCGGCUGGAGAGAUAUUUGAGUUAUGGUUCAGGCCCCAAGAGGUUUCCUCUGGCAGAUGUCCUCCAGUAUGCCAUGGAGUUUGCCUCCAGUAAGCCUGUGUGUACCUCCCCAGUGGAGGAUAUAGACACAUCGGCUCCCCCUGGUGGCACAACAGGUCAACAGCUACCACCUCAGAGCAGCUCAGUUGAGCCGGACUCCCUCCCUCCCCCAGAGAGCUCAGGUCCUGCUUCUGCUUCCACUGCAGCUCCCACUGCAGCUCAGCAGCAGAGAGUACCUGUUCAUAAGCCCUUCACCCAGUCCCGGCUUCCACCAGACCUCCCAAUGCACCCUGCCCCACGGCACAUCACUGAAGAAGAGCUGAGGGUGCUGGAAGGCUGCUUACAUCGCUGGAGGAGUGAAGUGGAGAACGACACCCGUGAUCUGCAAGGCAGCAUAACCAGAAUCCACAGAACUAUUGAGCUUAUGUACUCAGACAAAUCUAUGAUGCAGGUUCCUUACCGGCUUCAUGCAGUUCUGGUCCAUGAAGGUCAGGCCAAUGCAGGCCACUACUGGGCUUACAUCUACGACCCCCAUCAGCGCUGCUGGAUGAAGUACAACGACAUCUCAGUCACUAAGUCAUCCUGGGAGGAGCUGGUCAGGGACUCCUUUGGAGGCUACCGCAAUGCCAGUGCCUACUGUCUCAUGUACAUUAAUGACAAGAAGCCAUUUCUUAUAGAAGAGGAGUUUGAUAAAGAGACUGGCCAGAUCCUCAGCGGCAUGGACAAACUGCCUCCAGACCUCAAGCAGUAUGUGAAAGAGGAUAAUGAGCAGUUUGACAAGGAGAUGGAAGAAUGGGACGCCAUGCAGGCUCGCAAGGCCCAACAAGAGAAGCUGGCCCUGGCUGCAGCAGCCGCCACAGUGGCGCCAUCCAGCACUUCCACCUCCUCUUCUUCUCCACAACCCAUGAGUAUGGAGUCCAGCCCUCCAGACAACACUGUACCACAGCAGGAUCCAGAGUACCUGGAGCAACCGUCACCUUCAAACGACUUGAAGCACCUGCAGGAAGACACGGAGAGAGCGAUCUCUAGAGCUGCUGCAGAGCAAGAGGAGAGGAGCCCGGAAGUCCUGUUAAAUGCUUCACCCCCCUCCCCCUCCACCCUUCAGCCUGAGGCCCAGAUGAGUGCUGCUUGUGCCACACCCUCUGACCUGGUCACAGAGGAUGAGUCCCCUUGCCAGCGCACCGUAGAAGUGGCCAUUCCUCAUGUGGGCACCUUUGUGAUUCAGUCAGAGGAGGGUGGUUAUGAUGACGAGAUAAUGAUGACCCCCAACAUGCAGGGUAUAAUUAUGGCCAUUGGCAAAUCCAGCAGCAUAUAUGAAAAGAACGGGCCUGAGGCAGCCUUUUUUAAGGCCAUCAAGCUGGAAUACGCUCGUCUGCUGAGGUUUGCCCAGGAGGAUUCGCCACCUGAGACGGACUACAGGCUACACCACGUCAUCGUGUAUUUCAUCCAGAACGAGGCGCCCAAAAAGAUCCUGGAGAGGACUCUGCUCACACAGUUUGCAGACAGAAACCUGGCCUUUGAUGAGAGAUGUAAGAGCAUUAUGCAAGUGGCACGAGCUAAACUAGACCUGAUUAAGCCUGACGAGGUCAACAUGGAUGAAUAUGAGAUUUGGCAUCAAGACUACAGGAAUUUCCGUCAGACAACAGUACUGAUGGUGACUGGGUUGGAGCUCUUCCAAAAGACAAAUUACGUGGAGGCCCUGAUGUAUCUCAUUUACUCGUACCAGUACAACAGGGAGCUUCUGGUGAAAGGGCUGUACCGAGGACAUGACGAGGAGUUCCUGGGAUAUUACCGCAGAGAGUGUUUGCUGAAAUUAAAUGAACAAGCGGCUGCCAUGUUUGAGACGGGAGAGGAGCCAGAGGUGACCACAGGCCUGGGCAUAAUGAACGAGCUGGUGGUGCCGUGUAUUCCUCUACUGCUAGCUCAGGAAACGGAGAAGGACCUGCUGGCUGUGGAGGACAUGAGGAACCGCUGGUGCUCCUACUUGGGCCAGGAGAUGGAAGCCAACCUCCAGGAGAAGCUCACAGACUUCCUCCCCAAGUUGUUAGACUGCUCAACGGAGAUCAAAAGCUUCCACGACCCUCCCAAGCUGCCCAGCUACUCCACGCUGGAGCUGUGUGAGCGCUUCGGCCGCAUCAUGGCCGCACUUGGCAGGGUGCCCAGCGAGGGAAGAUGAGCUCAGACUGUCCUUCAUCAUCCGGCCAGAAACCAAUGGACCUCUAUGAACCCAUGCCUUCCUUAUCAAUCCAGGGGUCACUCGCUUACGCUCUUAUUCCUCUGUUACUCUUUUGCUGCUAUAGGUUUUAUCACAAAUUUUAUUUCACAUUUCGUUUAAAAAGAACAGUAGAGGAAGGAUGAGGACGAGAUAAACUGCUGAGAGGGGAACGGUGAGAUUAAUCCCAUCGCGCUUCAGCUUUGCAACAAAAAAAGCUUCAAGGUUUUUCAUAGUUAAUAUUGUUGUUGCUGUUUGGUUCCAGCUUCCCCUGCCACACUAAUAACCCCCCCACCCCCGGUUCUCUGCCACUCGUUUGGUACAGUAUUACCAUGUUUUAUUUUUCUAAGAAAGUAAGGAAGAGAGCCUUCAGAAGUCUGGGCGGCUCAGAGGAUCUCAGAUGGUCUCAUGUCUUUCUGAACUGUGCCAGAAUGAGAUGUUUUAAGUGCUGUGGUAGACAGCCGCAGGUUUCCUGUGGCUUGUUAAUAAUUUGAGAGAAUAAAAUUUUAUUUAUGGCCCUUUUAG